AUGCUCCUCUGGGGAGAAAACAGUGCCUCGUACAACAACGAUACCGCUGAGAUUACUGCUGAAAGCGAGUAUAUGAGCGAGUGGAGGCGCGAUGGGCCCUUAGGCGUACUCCUAGGUAUCGUCAACUACAUUAAAACACCACAGCAAUACGCUCUUUUUGCUGACUUUCAGCGCCUUGCCCAUCGCGAGCUACCAGCUGACGCACCUCCCGAUAAACGCAAGAUCCUUGAGCCCGUUAAGCCUGUUAUUACACGCUGGAACUCCUUCUACUCCCACUAUAUAAAGCGUAUACGGGACGAGGAUACCUACGCUGAGUCGCGGCGCAACAAACUGCCUUACGCGCUACACUGGAUGAGAUCGGACGGCCUUACAACGCACGAUUGGGCGGUAGUUACGGAGUAUAUGGACGCUUUGAAGCCGCUGAAAGCUGCUACAAAGCGCCUUGAGGGGCGCGGCAACAGCGGGAGGUUUAGCUGUAUUGCUGAAGUCAUCCUAGUAUUCGAGUAUAUACUUAACUACUACGAAUCGCGCGUACUGGCUUACAAGGCCGUUGAGUAUAACGCCCACGACGAGGCGCCUGAGGACCACCUUGCGAUUAACAUGCGCGCAGCGUGGGCGAAAGCCAGCGAGUAUUACUCUAAAUUAGACCUAUCGCCCGCCUACUACGCAGCUACGAUACUCUACCCGUAUUACCGAUUGUAUUGCGACAAAUCCUAG